AUGGCCGCCCUCCGCACAGCUCUCCCCCGCGUCCUCCGCCGGCCGGCUACAGCAGCAGCUCUUGCCAGGCCAGGAAUAGCCCCAUUAGUUUCGAGGCGUCACUACUCCGAGAUCAACCCCACGCCCAUCUUCCACCUCACCGAGACCGAAGAGAUGCUCAAGGAGUCCGUCUCCCGCUUCUCAAAGGAGGUGAUCCUGCCCAAAGUCCGGGAAAUGGACGAGGCCGAGAUGAUGGACCGGGGAAUCGUAGAACAGCUGUUCGAGCAGGGCGUGAUGGGCAUUGAGAUUGAAGAAGAAUACGGCGGGUCUGGAAUGAGCUUCGGAUCAGCGGUUGUAGCGAUUGAAGAGCUCGCAAGAGUCGACCCUUCAGUCUCCGUCCUCGUCGACGUCCACAACACCCUCGUCAACACCGCCUUCCGAACCUAUGGCUCAGCCGCUCUUAAAAAGAAGUACCUCCCCCGCCUCGCCACCGGCACCGUCGGCUCCUUCUGCCUCUCCGAGCCCGCCUCAGGCAGCGACGCCUUCGCCCUCCAAACCAAAGCCGUCAAGUCCUCCUCCGGCGGCUCCUACAAGAUCACGGGCCAAAAGAUGUGGAUCACCAACGCGGCUGAAUCCGAGAUCUUCAUCGUGUUCGCCAACAUCGCCCCCGAGCGUGGGUACAAGGGUAUCACCGCCCUUAUUGUCGAAAAGGGCAUGCCCGGCUUCGCCAUCGCAAAGAAGGAGAAGAAGCUCGGCAUUAAGGCGUCCAGCACGUGCGUACUCACAUUCGACGACGUCGAGGUGCCCGCCGAGAACCUGCUAGGCAACGAGGGCGAGGGGUACAAGUACGCAAUCUCGCUGCUCAACGAGGGGCGCAUCGGCAUCGCCGCGCAGAUGACUGGUCUCGCCUUGGGUGCGUGGGAGAACGCCGUCAAGUAUGUGUGGAAUGACCGCAAGCAGUUUGGCAAGUAUAUUGGCGAGUUCCAGGGGAUGCAGUUCCAGAUUGCGCAGGCGCGGACAGAGAUUGAGGCUGCGCGGGCGCUGGUGUAUAACGCUGUGCGCGUGAAGGAGGCGGGCGGGGUGCGUGCGGGUGAGGGGUUCGUGAAGGAGGCAGCGAUGGCGAAGCUGUAUGCGUCGCAGGUGGCGCAGAGGGUGUCGGGGAGUGCGGUGGAGUGGAUGGGCGGGAUGGGGUUCGUGAGGGAGGGGCUGGCGGAGAAGUUCUGGAGGGAUAGUAAGAUUGGCGCCAUCUAUGAAGGCACGAGCAAUAUCCAGUUGCAGACGAUUGCGAAGUUGCUGCAGAAGGAGUAUAAGGUGUAG